CUUGAUUCGCGUCUUUUUCACCAGCUCCUGGUCCCUCUAUCGACCACUACCCAGCAGAGCAUUGCAGAGAGCAGUCAGCCCGUCGUGUCUCUACCCGAGGCCGGAUGGUAAAAUCCAACCUCCAGCGGAUCCUAAACAGUCAUUGCUUUGCUCGCGAGAAAGAAGGAAAACAACAGUCUUAUACUACCAUGGCGGACUUGAGUAUCUGUGACAUGAUCGGGAACUUGUCCCUGCACUGUAGUAGUACCCGCGGCCCGGGGCCUCUGUGGUGCUCCGAUGCCCCUCUCCCACCCCUGAAGAUCCCAGGUGGGCGAGGGAAUGGCACGCGGGAUCACACUCCUUCAGCUCGGCAACUCUACUCAGACCGGAAGCUGACGGUGAUGGAGGAGCCAGCAGGGAACGGUCGCCCUGGAAUACUCCACUUCCUAAGUCGUCCAACAGUCACCAAGACGAUUCAGUGGGAUGCUGUCCUGAGCAGCAGCGCACUUUACGUGGAGAUACCUCUUGACCCGCUUCCUGAAGGCAGCAAGGAGAGUUUUGCAGCUCUCUUGGAGUAUGCUGAGGAACAUCUGAAAGUCGUUAGCGUGUUUGUCUGCUUUUACAAGAACAGAGAUGACCGUGCGAAACUGGUGCGUACAUUCAGUUUCCUGGGCUUUGAGAUUGUGAAACCGGGCCAUACCCUCGUCCCACCUCGACCUGACGUUUUCUUCAUGGCCUACAAUUUUGACCGGGACUCCUCGGAUGAGGAGUAGCCCACUGGAUAUCCCCAAACACCCCCACCCCCACAAUUAUUCCCAUUUCACUUCCCCAUUAUAUGUUUGCCUAUCCCGUCCAAGCCUACUCACACACACACACACACACACACACACACAGAAACACGCACA